AUGCACAAAUGGAUACUGACAUGGAUCCUGCCAAUUUUGCUCUACAGAUCUUACUUUUACAUUAUCUUUCUAAUGGGCACUAUAUCUUUAGCUUGCAAUGACAUGACUCCAGAGCAAAUGGCUACAAAUGUGAACUGUUCCAGCCCUGAGCGACAUACCAGAAGCUAUGAUUAUAUGGAAGGGGGGGAUGUAAGAGUGAGAAGACUUUUUUGUCGAACUCAGUGGUAUAUGAGGAUUGAUAAACGAGGCAAAGUAAAAGGGACAAGAGAAGCAAACAACAACUACAGUAUCCUAGAAAUUCGAACGGUGGCAGUUGGAAUAGUGGCAAUCAAAGGAGUGGAAAGUGAAUACUUCCUGGCAAUGAACAAGUCAGGAAGACUCUAUGGAAAGAAGGUAUGCAAUGAAGACUGCAACUUCAUAGAACUGAUUGAAGAAAACCAUUAUAAUACAUAUGCUUCUGCAAAAUGGACGCACAAAGGAAAGGAGAUGUUUAUUACAUUAAACCACAAAGGGGUCCCCAUGAAAGGUAAAAAAACAAAGAAAGAACAUAGAGCAUCCCACUUUCUUCCUCUGGCAAUAUCCUAAUCACAAGUGAUCUAUAAAGAACUAGUUCCAGCAGGAAGAUUAUUUUAAAGAAGAAUAUUUCACAAGAUAUCAAGAGAGGCUGGAAUACUACUGAGAAAUUGAACAAGCUGGACUUGCGCAUUUAUCUUUAUUUUUAAGAGACUACAUGAAAAAAGAUUUGAAGAUAUACACAAAACCAGAUUUACUAACUAAAAGCUGUAAAAAAUUCUAAAGAGUUGUACAAUCAUUACCUUAGUCAUUGUAACUGGGUAGUUUCUUAAAUUAAUUUACCCUGAAGAAUAAGUCAUUACUUGAUUAUCUGAUAAUAUUUUAUUUAAAAAAAAAACUUAUCUGCUUCUUAAAUAUGGCUGCUAUAAUAAUUAAAAGCAGAUGAUAAUGUUGUGUAAAAUAUGUCAGACUUUAAGGCUGCUGGAAUGAGUUGUCAGAUUAUCAAGUCAAUAGUAAAUGUGGAGGCUGAGCAGUAUUUUAAAUACUUCCCCCCCAAGAAACUGAUAUCCUAUACAUAAACUAUAUGAUCAGAAAAAAAAAUAUAACCUUGUAAAUGUUUAUUGUUGUAUUCAGAUAAAAGAGUUAGUUUGGAAAAAUUAAGUUUACUCUACAACAAAAUGUUCCUAUCUAUUAAUGAAACAAAUACCUAAUGCUGCUCUAAAAGAUGUUUCAAAUAGUGUAUGUAAAAUAAGAAUAGGAAUAAAUAAUGUACUUCAUCUCACUUUUCACAAACCAACAUUUUAUAUAACGAUGAAGCAAAAUUCAGAUAUAUUAAGGUUUUUUAAUGUAACAUAUCCUAUCUUUUGUAUAAUUCCUGUUAGGGCAUACAGCUUUCAAUAUUGUUUUUCCAUCCUUAU